AUGGCGAGCAGCUAUCCAUAUGGUUUUGAUAUCCUUAAGUCGUACUUCCAACGGGCAUCAGAAAACGACCGCGCACCAACUUUAUCGGAAUUUGUUAGCUUGAACGUUGAUUUCAUAGCUAGAUCAAGUCCAAAAACAAAUGAGAAACUAAAUGGCACAUGGAAUAAGCGUUUUGUCACGGCUGCGGAAAUAUUGAAAAUUAAGGAAAGUGUCGUCCCUCUCCCUAGUGAUAAUGUCGAAGCUUCAGUAGUUGUAGAUGAGCCCGAUUGGUCUCGUGUCUUCGAAGAAAGAUUUAAAAUGCAGAUUUCAAGUAGUCGUCGCGAAAAAACAUAUAUGAUGUAUUCAAACGAGAAUGAACAUGUCGGGGAGCAACUGUUAGAAGACCAGAGAAAACGAACUAUAGAAGAUGAUACUAUAACUUCGGAUACGAAAAAAGCAAGUAUAGCCAAAACGUUUAACGUUUCCUUUGAUGAAUAUGUUGACUCCAUCGAAAAUGAUAAAAUUGAAAUUUCUGAUGAUUCUGAAAUUCUCGACGUGGAACCUUUGUCAGGCUGGGAAUUCGAUACACCAAUGCCAAGCUGGUUAAAAAAAGCGAUGCAUCAACACAAAACAUUAACAACCACACAGACAGAUCCUUCAGAAAAAUUCAAACUAGCAAAACAACCAAUCUGGUGGCGAAUCAUAGAUGCAUCAGAUCCGAAAAUUGUGCAGGAUUUCAUAUCUGAAGAAGAAUUUUCUGAACUUAAUGCCAUAUUUUCGAAUGUUCUUAGUAUUGGUCAUCAGAAUGAUUGGACAGUGUUAGAGCCUGUUGCUGAAAGAUGUUUGCAAUCUCUUGCCAAGCUGAAUAAUGAACAGAUCCGUAUGAUAGGUGAAAUGGUUAAGUAUGAAGGAAUACAUGGGGCGGUUCGUAAACUUCAGAAAAUAAUCCAAAAUAUUGAAGAAUUGAACAUAGAAGAACCAGAUUUGUUUGAUGACGAACCCACAAAUAAUAAAACACUAUCAUUUGUUCUAGAAGAGAAUGACUAUCUUGAUAAAGAUGUGGGAUACAUCUUGGAAUUAGUUCGUUACACGUGUGAAAUGUUAGGCAAAGGAAUUCCACAACGGAAAAACUCUGAAAGGGACAUAGAUAUGUUCAUCAAAAGGCACAUUUUUGCUUGUUUUGAUGAUAUUCUAGAUACACAUUUUGGGGAGAUGGUUUCUAGGUCAUCUCGAGAUCGACGAAGUGAAGCAAUGGAUGCCCCGGAUAAAGUUGAAGGGUUUCAUUUAGACUGGAUGUUCACGAGACAUGAUCUUGGAAAAGAUAUAUCAUAUGGCCGAGAAUUCUCCCUAUGUGAGCGUGCAGGCUCUAAAGUAGAUAACGACACCAAGAAUGUUUCAGACAUUCUUAAGGUUUUAAAAACACUCAAAGACAUGCACAGAAGCCUAGUCAAAGCAAUUGCUAUUGAAAGUGGAGGAGCACUUUCAAAACAAGUUUUAAACGCUUGUAAAAAAUUAAUUAUGCCUGGUUUUGCAUCGUCAUGGUUCUACCUUCGUGCUGUCCUUAUAGUAUAUGUAGGAGGCGGAUUCUACACAUCAUUUGAAUUGGGAAAGUUUGAUAUCCCUACUUCGUAUGAUGAAAUUUGGAAGCUAACUAAAAUUGCACGCAUUAUGUUGCAAAUUAAGAAAUUGUUGUGUUCCACAGUUUCUCGAUUCAAGCGCAUUAUGGAAAGAGCCGAGAAAGAAAAAUUCCUUCCCGGAAAAGUAACAAUAGUCGAGGCAAAGGAGUCCCGUACACCUAAUAAACCUCAAAAAGCGGAAAAACCAAAGCCUGAAGUAUGA